UUUCAUUCCAAAAUCCAUAUUAAUCAAAAUUAUUACUAUCCCCACCCCACCCCACCCCACAAUAACAAUGUUGUCUAUCUUUAGGCAAUACACAUUCGAUGACUCAUUCCAACAAGUGUUCAUAUCUAGCAAAUUCCUAAAAGAAUACCAAAUUGCCCUCACAUUUGCCACAGAUUAUGACCAAAACAACAUACCCUCAAAUGGAAUUUUUAGACCCACUUGGGACACAACAAAAAUCACACCCGAAUCUAUCAUUAAUUUCAAAAAACUAUACCCCAAUGUGAACAUUAAAGUGUACAUUAGUAUAGGUAACCGUGGCACAAAAUUCCCAUUUUCUCCCCAAAGCACCAACAAAUCAUGGAUUCUUAAUGCAACACAAUCACUCACAAACAUCAUUAAAAACAAAGAAGAUUCUAACCUUCAAGUAGAUGGGAUUGAUGUUUUGUAUGAACAAAUUGAUGCUUCACCCGUUGACUUUGUUGAAUGUAUUGGUCAACUUAUAAAAAAAUUAAAGGAAAAUGGUGUUAUAAAAGAAGCUUCAAUUUCUCCAUCUUUUGGUCUCAAUAAGGAAUUUUAUUUCUUAUUGUAUAAAACUUAUUUUUAUCUCAUUGAUUGGGUUGAUUAUCAAUUUCAAAAUGAAGUUUUUCCUAUUUUUGCACCAAAUAAAUUGGUGGAAAUUUAUGAUGAAUUGGUAAAGGAAUUUUAUCCAAGGAAGAAAUUGUUUGCUGGGUAUAGUGCUGAGAAUGAAGAUUGGGCUACUUUGUCACCAAUUGUGUUUUUUCUAGGAGGAAUGGAUAUUCUCAAGAAAAGAAGAGGUCCUGGCAUUUCAAUUCAUUAUCAUAAUUACUAUCAACAAAAUUCAAAUAAUGAAUGAUCUACAUGGUAUAAGUAUAAGUAUGUAUAUUUACUUUAAUUAUGUGUGUGUGUGUGUGUGUUGCAAUGUAUGCUUGAUGGUGAAGUAACUAUACUAUAUUAUGUACUAUAUAUAUCAUGACUACUUUUAAAUAAGAUCCAUAUGGAUGAUGAAUUGAUGAUAAAAUCUUCCACCUAACUUAUAUAUCUCAAGGGUUAAAAAAGACUUGUAUAUUUUAUGCAUGUUUGUUAUAUGGGUAG